AUGACGGCCAUACCAACGAGCACAGCACGCAUAACCUGCCUCUGCGGCGCCAUAUCUGAACCAGGCAGCAAGCUCGUCCAACAAACCUUUCCCAUCAAAGAGGAGCUCUGCCACUGCAACCCGUGCCGGCAAACUACUGGUGCUCUUGCUCCUGCGUUUGCGAACUUCAAGGUUCAUCCUACACAGGAGACGCUUGAUAAAUGCGACGUAUACGAAAGCUCAACGAAAGUUCGACGGUCAGUACCUCCUGACUGCACACUAUUCUGCAAGACCUGCGGCACGAAGGUCUUCGUUGCCAUAUCCAAUGAUCAAGGUCAGAUAGACCACUACAGUGCCCUUGCUGGCUGUAUCGAGCGCAAUCCUCAACAGGUCAAGGAAGGAGACCAAUGGACAAAAGACGUCAUCGAGGUCAUGCAUCACGCUUUCCUCUCUGACACUAACGACGGUGGACUUGCGGGACACCUGCUCAAGGUUGACGGCAACACGCCCAAGUUCUACGAAACGGAUGACGAGAAUGCUGAGCUAUCGAUCUCAGUCGUCGAAGCCAUGAUCGCGAAGUCGAGAGCAGUACCAACGCCUCCCAUCGAUGCACAGCUCACGGCAGAAUGCAGAUGUGGCGGCGUCGAUCUUCGUAUCCUUCGGGCGGACUUUGCCGAGCGGGACAAGGACAUCAAAGAGCAUUACUCCUAUCCAAUUGAUAAGUACGUAGCUGGUUUGUGCGCUUGUCGGUCUUGCCGUCUGCAUUUCGGGACCAGUCUCGUGCCUUGGGCUUACAUACCUGUUGGCAAUCUCAAUGUCGCGUCGACUGGCAGAAAAGUUGUGUUUGGACAUGCAGCGCUCGAGCCUGGCUCGAAUCCAGGCACGACGCUGAAGCAUAGUGAGACGUCAAAGGGAGUGAUCAGAUCGUGGUGCGGGUCGUGUGGAGCCAGUGUCUUCUUCUGGAGCGCGGAAAGGAAAGGUCGGGAAGAGGUCGUAGACAUUUCAGUGGGCAUAAUUCGGGCGGAGAGUGGUGUUAUGGCGAGGGAAUGGCUCGAAUGGAGGGAUUUGUUGAGUUAUGACCAUGAGGGUACCGACCAGGCUUUGGUGCGGCAGGUCAAGCAGAGCAUUGAGGCGGAAGCUAAGGAGUGA